AGUUCACAAGAAACGGAGCGUUGGUACCAUCAAGAUUCUGACAGAGUCUAGAUCUAGAUCUAGUUUUCUGUCGUUUAGGUUUGAACUAACAGUAAUAGAAAUAUAUUUAAACUUAUAGUUUUGUUGUAAAAGAAAUGCUUCAUUUAUAGAUUGGGGUUUCUAGAUCCGGUCCAGUAGCGAGUUUUUAAUCACACCAAUUAUAAUUAUUAGAUCUAGAUCUAGUAGAUCUACAUUGACUACAUGUAGACUAUAUCUAGAUUAUUCUAGAUCUAGAUCUAAUUGUAGAAUUCUUAUUGAUAUUCAAACAGGAGUCUACGUUUUUUUUUUCUGUUAUGAGAAGUAAAUCAAAGAUCUAACUUUUGCGAAGUACAGCUCUCCUAUAAAGAUGAGUCGCCUGUGCUUAGUGACACUUGCAUUGCUUAUCACGCUUGCAGAUCUGGCCUUAGCGGAGGACAAUAACACUGUGGUGCCAGGGAGCGUAACUGUCGAUAGCAUUACUGUCGCAGGAGCUAACUCCUCCAUUGGUGAGAAUGUAAAUAUCAAGACGACAAAAGUCACGACUCUGCCUCCAACAACUGUGAUGGUCACUCACGCUACGCACUCAACGAGUGCAGAGACAACUAGUACCACAGAAGUACUUCCUAUCUACUCCAUUGUCAACAAACGGAAAGUAGGUGAAGGCGAUAGCUUCAGCAUUGAAUGCGACAUUACGAAGUUCAACAAAAAGGAUUUCACAAUUUUCCCCGACAUUUAUUCCAUGGCUGUGGAGAGGAAGACCCUGGGCAGCGAUAACUACAAGUCAAUCGUCAGAUAUAUCCCCUCACACCCAACUCGUAAAAAGAAAAUUAAUAAACCAGGACCAUCUCAGUGGGACAUCCAGUACUUGGGAGCUGAUGAAAAAGGCAGGAAAGCCCCUAGAGACACCACCAAAAUUAUUAUCAACGUUAGAGAGGCCAGCUACAGGGAUGCCGGAUGGUACCGGUGUUUCUAUUACGACAUUCUCUAUCAGCCUCACUACUCAGACUCAGUGUUUCUCAGGCCACAAACUCUGCCCACGAUUGUCAGCACGCCAAGCUUCAAUAAGUGGGAUCCUUUCUACGUGCAGUGUGACGUCACUAAAUUUCCAAGGGGCUUGUCCGUCGGAAACGUCACGGGUCUCAUUGUGGAACAUCAACCGUUGUCGGAAAAGGAAUUCAAAGUUUUGGCCAAAUUUCAACCGUUUGAAAAGGACGCUGCACAGAGGAGAUCAAACUUCCUUACCCCUGGGCGUAGAACGGAAGUAAUCUUCAUAGGCGUAGAUCUGGAAGAAAAUUGGAAGUCGGAUAUCAAGGACACGAUAAUGAUCGUCAUUUAUUUCAACGAAGCCAGGGUCAGCGACGCUGGAAAUUAUCGAUGCACUUUUGUGAUCAAUGGCGAUGAGUUGAUUCGAUCCGAACCGUCUGUGACGGACUGGAAUAUGAGAAGCAGAUUUUUCAAUGAGAUUAAGCCAUCCGCUAAUAGCCUCAAGAUUAAGAUUGGGUCUCCGUUUUCUGUCCUGUGUCACACGCCUGAGUUCUUUGAGCAGCGUACUCGCGUCGUUGGGCUCAAAAUACAGAGAAAGUUUACAGUCGAAAAAGAGUACCAGGAUCUGGCGGAGGUAUUUCCAGACAAUGCCACGCUCUUUAGGACGAAGCAAUUUAUCCCUAAAGGCCGAGAUUGGAACAUCUUCUUUAAACCCCCAGAACAAUCUGAUAUCGCCCCUGAACAAACGUCUCGUUACAUAAAAGUCCUCAUCAACGACGUUGGCUGUGACGACUCUGGCUUCUACAGAUGCGGAGUUCUUUUCCACUGCGAGACCGAGUAUGAAUUUUCCAACAUUACACGUAUCACUUCUCCGGAACAUCUUUACCAAGAUGAUAUCACGGUCGAGCCCGACGAUCAGCAAGUUGAAGAGAUGGCAUCUGCGUAUGAUGAAGGACAGUAUGUUGUUCUGACUUGCACGUUCGAAGGCCCAGCUGAACUUCAGGGCAGGUGGACAAUGCAAAGCGAGCCCUUGGACGAGAGGUCUUUCAACAUCACAGAUUCCCCUGCUGUCCGAUCCUACGACGAAACGGGAUGCGAACUCAGUUUCUACAAGACAACCUUGGCGUUUGCGCUGCAUCGUGAACAGCACGGGUGGACAUUCAGCUGUGAGGUGCACAGCGCAGAGAACAGGACAGCUGUCCAGAGUGUCGCCAGCUACACGAUCUAUUUGAAGCGUGAUUAUGUCGUAGCUGCUGCCAGGUCAGCCGGCGUGCAGACUACACCUCUCUCCUUGGCUGUGAUCAUAACUUUGUCCCUGGCAGUCGUUCAGAUCGUUUUCUUUAGAAAGCGUGAAAAUUAUUCGCCGUGGCAUAAGGCAUUGUGAAAAUCGCUAAGCCAAACAAUCAAUUUAUUGAUUGAAUGCAAUGUUUGUCACUUGUCAUUGAUGUCAUUCGCAUGGAUAGUCGUUUUAUGUGUGUGUGUGUGCGUGUGUCACAUCACUAAUGAUCUUAUUAGCCAUCCUGAAUUGUGAUCAUAAUUGUAAGACGAUUUGUGGUCACUAAUUAGCUAGUUAGGCCACUAUUGUUUAGUUUAGUAUUACAAAUGUAAUGAAAUGAUAGUUUUAGGACAUUGUGUAUAUGGAUGAGUCGCGGUGGCUGAGCGGUAAAACGCUUGGCUUCCGAACCAGGGUUCGGGGUACAAAUCCUGGAGAAGACUGUGUUUUUUUUUAAUUUCGGGAUCUUCUAGCGCCUCUUGAGUCCACCCAGCUAUAAUGGGUACCUGACAUGAGUUGAGGAAAAGUAAAGGCGGUUGGUCGUUGUGCUGGUCACAUGACACCCUCGUUAACCGUAGGCUACAGAAGCAGAUGACCUUUACAUCAUCUGCCCUAUAGUCCACAAGGACUUUACUUUUCUAUGCGUAUGGAUAAUGUGAAUGAAUGAGCAGAAGUUGUUAAGCCAGCAGGUGUCAGGGUUAUUUCAAAAGACGCGCCUAAUAGCUAGGUCUCAGUAUACUUAAAGUCUACGUAUAAAAAUGCAAAACAAUAUACAGAUAUAUACAUAGUGUUAUUGAAGCAAGUAAAAAAAUGAACAAAUUAAAGUGUUAAAUAAACAUUGGAACAAAGACAAAAAAAGAAUGUACAUGUACUUCCAUGUCUUGGUGUUUGAUGUUUCCUACAAGGCUUGAGCCUUAUUUAAAUGAAUUGAACCCAAUCUAAUCUAUUGUACACAGAAAUUAUUGCACAUAUGCAUCACAUUGUGAUAGUAGCGUCAUGAAAUUGCAUGUGGAUUCCGAUCAGAUUUUUUUUUAAAGUGUAAUGUUCCUACUUCAUAUGGAUUACGAAAAGGGGAUAUAAAUCUAGAAGGCACAUGUGUUAUUUUGUUGAUUUACUUUAAAUUGAUUUAUAACCAUAAGUAGAGAAUAUGAAAUUAAUCUUUAAAAAAAAGAAAAGAAAUGUGUUUUAAUCUAUAUCACUAUUUAUCGAAACGAAAUAAAAUAUGGUAAAAGUGA